AUGUGGAAGCUACUUUGCCGCAAAGAGAUCCUCCUUCUACUCCCGAUGAUCUUCCAAAGCGUCUUCUCCGAGGCCUUUUUCUCAACAUACAAUGCCACUUACUUCACAGUUCGGGCUCGUGCCCUAGCUUCCUUGGUCGCCAGCUCUUGCGUGAUUGUCUCCAAUUUCGGCUUGGGAUUCUUCUUGGAUUGGCGCAAACCGACAUUGAACGCAAGAGCCGUAGGAGCCUUUGUCUUCAUCUACGCCUUCGAACUUUCACUGUACAUCUACGCGAUGAUCGUUACAAAAGACUACGAAGGACGGGACACGAAGCCCGUGCUAGAUUGGACAGACGACGGUUUUGGCAGAGGAGUCUGCGUUUACAUUUUCAUGCUCGUCGGCUUCAACCUUAUGUACGACUACCUCUACUGGCUUGUUGGAACGGUUAACAAGGAUGGUGCCGAUCUGAUCCGUCUAAGUGCCGUUAUUCGAGGCGUGGAGAGUUGCGGCCAGGCCAUUUCCUACGGGAUCAACUCUAUAAACCAGGCCACGUUUCCGCUCUCUGGUGCAGUCGCGGUCAAUCUGUCAUUCUUUGCGGCUUGCAUUAUCCCUUCCGCCUUUGUUGUUUUCAAAAUUGGUAUAAUCAAUGGUGUAAAAGUUCACGAAAUCAUGCAAGAUGAAAAUUCAGGGAUGUCCGGAGCGACCGAUCCAGAGCAGUCUGUGGAAAUCCGCCAAGAGCCUGAGAUGAAGUUGGAUAAAUAG